AUGCCUGAAACACCCAGCCUACCACCUUUCCCGGUCAGCUUCAACGAGGCGGAUUGUAAGUUCAUCCUCAUGGAGCACUACGUUCGCCGCCGCGAAGCGGGAAUAUGCCGCCCCUGCCAGGACUCCAUCCUCACCUCUUUCUGCGCACUCUCCUCGCGCCACAAAACCGGCCUACAGCUACACCCCUCCCACCUGGACACCUCCCGCCUGCCGCCCGCUAUCGCCGAGCGUGUAGACCACACGCGGCUCAACAUGAUCACCUGGCACAUCCAGAACAGGGCCGCCUUCGAUGACCAGCUCCACAACACGUGGAUCCACAUUUUCGCGACCGUCGGCGCCCUCCUCGAGAUCGAAGAAUACGAAAAACAAGCCCUCAAACGACAGGAACUCGCCCACUCCCAAGGCCGCACCGCCAACCACCCGCACCAAGUCCCCCCACUCAACUCACCCUCCACCCCCGCGGCAGCCGCCUCUGCCAUCACCACCGCCGAAGAAUGGAUCACCAAGCUGUGGUUCGCCUGCGCGGGGCGGUACACCACGGCCGAUCUCGCGCGGGGGCGUCCCUACGCCGGCUGGCCGUCCGCCUUCGAGGGCAUGCACCUGCGGCGGCUGGUGGCGGGGCAGAAGCCGCGGCACGGCGACCGGUGCAAGUGCGUGGACCGGUCGUGGCGCGGCCCGCCCUUCAGCGGGCAGCCGCUGCAGAACUGGCUGGCGGGGCCGUCGCCGCACACCGAGGUGCUGAUGCGGUAUACGGAUCCGGCAAUUCGGGACAUCCAUGUGCGGAUUUGUGGGGAGCUGGUUGCGAGGGGGGAUGGGGCCAGGGCGAUGCCUCUGGCGAAGAUGUGGGAUCAGCCUGGGUUUAGGGAGAGGUUGGUGGUGGCGGUGGGGGAGUUGGUGGCGAGCAAGGCGAUGGUGGAGGAGAGAAAGCGGAAGGAGGCCGCGAGCGCGUUGGUGGAGAUGAGGCAGGGGGGGGAGGAGCAUCCGGUGGAUGAUCGGGGGGAUGAGGAUAUAAGCCAGUUCGAGGUUAAGAUGACGAUUGAGAUCGAGGAUGAUGAUCAAAAGCAAAAGAAUACCUAUCCCUGUGGGCUUAGUGUGCAGAGAGGUACCUAG